AUGGAAAUGGCGACAAGUUUCCUAUAUCCGCCGCCUCCGUCGAUACUGCUCAAUGCUAUGAGCGUCGUCGGUUUAGCCGCUCUGGCGAAGAUCGGCUGGUCGGAAGUGAGAGGAAACCAUCUGAAAUACUCCAAAUUCAACAACGCAUCACCAUCAUCAUCACCAGCACAGCCACAGAAACAGCGACUCGGCAGCAUCUCGAGCCGAACCGGAAUGCUCUGGCUAUACACACCUGCGUUUCUAGCCGCUUCGGCUUCUUUCUUCGUCUUACCUUCUGACGAUCUCAGGUUUCUUCUCCUCAAAUCCGCACUUGCCUUCCAUUUCUUCAAACGGAUCUUCGAGGUUCUGUUCAUUCACAAGUACAGUGGAGAAAUGGCUGUAGAAUCAGCCAUCCCCAUAACCAGCAGCUAUUUCUCAUCCACGGCGUUGAUGCUAUACAGCCAAAGCUUCACGCUUGGACUCACCGAGCCAGCUUUGGAUCUGAAAUUCGCCGGGAUUGUGAUGUUCGUGGUGGGAAUUGCUGGGAAUUUUUACCACCAUUGCUUGCUAGCGAAGCUCAGGAAAGAAGAAGGUGGUGGUGGGAAGAAAGAGUACAAGAUACCAAAAGGAGGUCUCUUUGAUACAAUCAUAUGCCCUCACUAUCUGUUUGAGAUACUUGCGUUUUGGGGCUUCUUCAUGAUUUCUCAGACCAUUUAUUCGCUUUCUUUCGCCAUGGGAACGACUUUGUAUCUCGUCGGUCGGAGUUAUGCUACAAGAAGAUGGUAUCUUUCCAAGUUCGAUGACUUCCCUAAGCAUGUCAAGGCUCUUAUUCCCUUUGUAUUCUAG